AUGGCCCCACGUCGACACAAUAUCGGUGCUAGCCGCCGCCGGAGAAGAGACGACGAGGGCGAAGAUGAGGGAUCGCUAGACGGAGAACUGGAGGACGACUCUCUGAGCGAAGGAUCCAUUAUCAGCCACCCAGAUGACGAGGAUGCCGAUGGCGAAGGCAGCGAUGAGAGCGAGGACGAAGCCUCUGUGGCCCGGGAAACAGGCAAUACCCAUGCUCCUCAACACAAUGGCCGUACGCCCGCGGUAAACCAGAAGCUCGGGCGCCGCCAUUCUGCCUCUCCUGGGAAACGCCACACAGUCACCGCUAUGUCCGAUACAGAGGCUAUGCUGAACGGACUGAGGCUGUCCGAUGAGGCAACUGAGGUGGCCGAAAUCCAUUUUGAUGAUAUGAAGGGGGGGCUGGGCCAGCCGACUGGGAGGACUCCAUCGGCGCCUCCGGCAGAACCAAAACAAGAGAGUCUGACGGAGAGGAAGCGCCGUGAUCUUGAGAAGUAUACAAAGGAAAAGGACGAGAACCCGGCGUUCGUGCCCACCCGAGGUAGCUUCUUCCUUCACGAUAAACGCUCGACUGAUUCCGCAACCAACGGUUACAAGUCGUUUGCCAAGUCCAAGUCGAGGCCAUACGGUCUCAUCGUGGACGGCAAUGUGCGCAAAAACCACGUCAAACCAAUCGCCAGCGAAAAACCGUGGACACACGAUUUGCAUGAUACUGUUGCUGGGGAUGAUGCCCCGGUGUCGAAACUCCCAGCACUGCCUCCGCCUAUUUCGACUUAUCCCCAAAGCCAGUCCCUACAGCCCCUCGGUCGUCGCCGCCCAAUAGAUCUUUCUCGAACACUACGCUGA